CUAUAGGAUGAAAAUGCGACGUCACAGAGUGUUCUUGCUGUGCACAGUGGGCCUGUGUGUCAUCUCCUUCCUCCACUAUUACAAGGCCCUACACUACGUAUCCCUGCUCAAGGAGCUGUCGGCCCCGUACCCCAACAUCAAGUCCUUCAUCAUGGUGACAGGCUUCUUCUGGAGGGAGGGGGGGGCCACACCGUUAACGUCGGCUGCCUCGUCGUCUGACUUCGCCGCCUCGCAGGAGGAAGGACCCCCGCCCGCCCUCAGGCCCUCUGACACCAAGCCCCGGAUAGUAGGGGCUAUUGGCCCUGGGGGUGGAGGAGGAGGUGGGGUGGAGAUGAGGCUGAGAGAGGAACCUGCCGCACCCCAACCAUGGGGUCAACCAGAGGAGGAGCCCAGACACAGGGACACGGAUCCCAACGAG